AUGGCGUGGCGUCCGCAACUUGGCCGUGCGGCUCUGCCACUGGCGCUGCUGCUGUGCCAGUUGCGAGAGGCGCAGCUGCUCUUCAGCCAGCCCCGCCCGAGUCGUCCGCGUCCGGCAACACGUCUGCACGCCACCUCGGGGGAUCCUGCGAGCAUCGGCAUCGUGGAGCCCUUGGUGAAUCAGCUGCCACGGCAAGAGCGCGAGACCUUCAUGGGCCUCCUGCGCUUUCUGUCUCUGCCGGUGGAUGAUGUUUGGUUCUCCGCCAUCCUGCUCAUCUUGGUGAGGUUUCGAUUGGUGAAGAAACUGGUGAUGGCCAGUCAGCACUGGCGGCGUUGGCUCACCACCUACUGCCGCAGGCUCCGAAGUCAGGAGGAUCGUUCCCUGUUGAUCGAAGCCCUAGACACCAAUCAGGUCUUGCAGAAGACGAUUCGUCUUUCAGGUGGCGGCUUCUUGAGACAGGGCGCACGCCUGGUGUCCCCAGCCUACGUGGGAGACACGCUGGAAUUAGGUGGCUUUGAGAACAUGGCGCUCAAUACUGAGUUUGUGCUCUGCAAGGCCGAAGGGUUGCAACAUGGCAAACCCGUCUUCCAGUCGCGCAACAAGGAGUUCAUGCUGAGUUCCGCCGUCACGGAUCAGGGAAAGGUGUGGAUUGUGAGCCCUGAUGAGAAGUUUCAGCAGACCAAGAACCAGGGCAGCCCCGAAGGUUGGCCUCUGAAGCGCUUUGGAGCGCUGCUAGUGUCCCCUGUGGAUGCGCACCUACUGGAAGCUCCCCAACUGAAUUGGCAGGAGCUGACAGAGUCGGGAAAGUGGAUUCUGCAGAAGAACGCGGGACUCGUCAAGAUCCGGCGCCCGGCGCUUCCUUUGCAGGUGCGGGUGAUGCCUCCAACAGCCCCGAGCAUCGUCGACUACAGCGACUCUUACGUUCAGGCUAUGGAGAGCCCCCUGGUGGUCUGGGCCACUUUCUUUCUGAUCUUAGAAGUGAUUCAAUUCUUCUUUCUGCACAAGGCUUCCACGAAGUCACUUUCCAACAGGAUCAUCAAGUUCAUGUCCCGGUUGCGGUGGCUCCUGACCUCCACCUGCGCCUGCCUGGCUCUUUUCCGUCUCUCCUCGCGCUGGAAAGAACGCCGCAGCCGUGGCAAGGCCGUGAUCUCGGACGUCUUGGGGGUGCAGAGCUCGCAGCGCGAGGCGAGACUGAGCGCCCUGACGAUUUUGAUGCAGACCUUCGUGGUGUGCAGCUGGUGGAUCUGGGUCCUGGCCAUUUGUGGCAUCAAAGUGGGGCGUUUGCUGCUCAGUACCUCCGUAGGAGCCUUGCUCUUGGGUUUCGUUGGCAGGGAUGUGUUGAGCAACAUGCUGAGCUGCCUGGUGAUCUACCUGACCCAGCCCUUUGCGCAGGGCGAUUGGAUCACCCUGGAGCAGGGCCAGGAUGGCUGGGCGGAGGAGAUCGGACUCUUCUACACGAAGGUCAUUCAGUGGGACAAGCGGCCACUGUAUGUCCCCAACUUCCGCAUCGUGCAGAUGUUGGUGCAGAACAACUCACGGAUGACGAAUCGACGGGUGAGGUUCGACUUCAAGUUGCGGCUGCAAGACAUCCCGAAGGUACCAGCCAUCGUGGAAGACAUCAAGAACAUGAUGUCCGAACACCCCCAGAUCGAUUCCGUCACUCAUCGCCUGGUGGGCUGGCGUCAGGUGGGCGAUUACUCUGCCAACAUCUGGCUCUCUUGCUAUACCAAGUCGACGGAACAGGACAUCAAGCUGUCUCACUACAUCGCUGUGGAACAGUCCGUCCUGGAACGGUGUACUGCCAUCAUCUACAAACACAAAGCCGACUUCGCCAGUUCCACGGAGCUCACCGUCCUGGGCGGCGGCGCCCAGGAGGCCGCACAGGUCCUCAACGAGCGCAACGCCGCGGCGCGGAUCCACGGCGGGAAGGCGCCCAACGGCGCAAAGGAACUCACGGUGCGGGUUGUCGAGGAGGAACGUGACAUACCGUCCCGUGAGCGCGAGCUGCACGAUACGCGCAACGCGGUGUUGCAGGCGGGUGAAGAACAGCUGCGAAAGCAAAAGGCGGAAGUGGAGAAGAAAGAAAAGGAGUUGAAGGACAAAGAACAGGAGCUGAAAGAUAAAGAGCAUCGCCUCGCAGCUUUGGAGGCAGAGGAGGGCGACGAGCACGGCGAUGAGGACAAGGUGAAAGUGGUCGCGGAACCGGAGAUCGUCUACUUUGACGGGACUGAGAAGGUGGAAGCUGAGGGUCAAGAGGAAGUCCUUGCGUUCCUUCGCGCGAGGCUUUGUGAGGUCUUCGACAUUUUGCUGAAGGAUUUGGAGCAGUACCUCUGGCAUCGUGAUCGCUUCAUCUUGGAGCCCUCAUUGGAGGAGGUUCCACAUUUGGCAGGGCAUUUGCGGAUAGGGGACGGCACUGAAGAUGAAUGGUUCGUGGUUCAUCUUCUGCGCAAGCUGAGCCUGCAACGUGAUGACGUGUCGUGUCGCGUUGCCGAUGCAGAUGGUGAGUUGCUUCUGAUCGAGGCUGCUUUAGCCACCCCUCGUUGGGUCUCUCCCAACAACGCGGAGAACCGCUGCUGGAUCCGCAAGGGCCUGGUUCACCUUUUGCCCAAACCCCAGGCGGGGGAGCCCGUGCAGCUGUCUCGGCGCGAGGGCCUCCUGCGUCUGUGUGCCUCCGGUGAAGAAAGUGUUGCACGAGGCAAGAUGCAGAAGGCCAUCGAGGCCAGACUGCAAGGCUAUCCCAAGCGAGCGAUGGAACUCUCGCGGCAUGUCGUGCGUGCCGUCCUUCCCGAGAGCGUGGCGAGGUUGCUGGUAGCCUUACCCCAGUUGAUCUCCGUGAUUUUGGAUCAUCUUCCAGCACCUCCCACGCGCGAGCUACUCCGGCUCCGACGGGACUUGCCGGAGCAUCAGUCCGCCAUACAUUUUGACUGCGAGAAUCUGGGUGAGGAGGACACCGUCCUUAUUGGAGUUCGUUUCACCCGACUUCAGUAUGCGCGGCUGAUCAGUUUACGCUGCCAAGUGCCGCAGCGUUUCUCGCGAAAGCGAUGGAAGUCGCCCAAGGGUGUGAAGGAUCCCAGCGAGAAAGCCAUGCAGCUGGGCGCCAUGCUGUGUGCAGGCCUGGAAGCUGCCUACUUGCAAGGAACCCAAAGCGCAACAGCUGUGCUACGCUGGCGCGAGGUGCCAGAGACCCUUCCGUGGGCGUCUGACAGCCUCUUUCAGAAGCAGCUCAGACCCGAACUGCUGAAAGCUCCCUCUGCGCGUCGUGCCUAUGCACAGCAAGCGGAAUUGGAGGAGCACUUCCGAGAGGCCUACAUCCGAGCAGUGCGAGAUCCAGCACUGAAGGCCGUGGAUCUAGAAGCGCACUGGCGGGAUCGGGACGAUCCUGAAGAUUGGCUACAGGUCUCACAGGAAGAUCUCGAUCGCGAAAUGAAGGUGCGACAAGCGGAGUUCGAAGAGUUUGAUCAGAAACGGCAGCCCAAGGGCGAAGCCAAGAAGGAGUCGACAGAGAAGGAGUCAGACACGAAGGUGUCGGAGAUGACGCAAUAA